AUGGCCUCUUCCUCUUCUUCUUCUUCCGUCGGCACUGCCUCCAACAUGGUUUCUAACGCCAACGUCGCCGCCAGCACCGUGAGCUCUUCCCUUUCGUCGGCCAAGUCCUCUGUCGCCUCGUCAAUCUCUUCUGCCGCGUCGUCCGUCAAAUCCACCGCCUCUUCUGGAGCCUCGUCCGUGAGCUCCAGCGCUUCCAGCUCCAAGGCCUCGACCUCGUCGUCCAGCGGGGCUGUCGCCAACGUCGUUGCCAACCCAGUCUCUUGGAAGUUUGGCGCGCUUUUGGGUGCCACUAUGGUCGGAUCCUUCGUUUUGGGCGCCGGACUAUAA